AUGGCUCCACGGGGCGGUGUUCUCUAUGAUGUCGAGUCUCGGCCUAAAUAUCUGAAAUAUGAUGUGGAAAUGGAGAAAACUGUAAAAACCAACACAAGGGCUUCAAACAACGGUUUAUACGAGCUUCUUGAAUGUCCUGUGUGCGCUAACUUAAUGUACCCACCGAUUCAUCAGUGUCCAAAUGGCCACACUUUGUGCUCGAACUGCAAAACUCGAGUGCAAAAUUGCUGCCCGAUAUGCCGUUUUGAGAUGGGUAGCAUAAGGUGUUUGGCUUUGGAGAAAGUAGCAGAAUCAUUGGAGCUUCCUUGCAGAUACCGAAGUCUCGGCUGCCAUGACAUUUUCCCUUAUUACAGCAAGCUGAAACAUGAGAAAAGUUGUCGAUUCCGCCCCUACAAGUGUCCCUAUGCUGGCUCUGCCUGCUCAAUCACAGGCAAAAUUCCAGAACUCGUGACACAUCUGAAGGACGAUCACAGUGUCGACUUGCACGAUGGAUCCACAUUCGACCAUCGUUACGUUAAAUCUAACCCACAUGAAGUCGAAAACGCCACUUGGAUGCUAACUGUAUUUAAGUGCUAUGGAAAGCAGUUCUGUUUGCACUUUGAGGCUUUUAAUCUGGGCAUGGCUCCGUUCUACAUAUCGUUCUUGUGUUUCAUGGGGGAGGACACCGAAGCCAAGAAGUUCAGCUACUCGUUAGAAAUCAGUGGAGGUGGCCGGAAAUUGACGUGGCAAGGGGUUCCGAGGAGUAUCCGUGACGGUCAUCAGAAAGUUCGUGACGGACUAGACGGAUUAGUCAUUCCCCGGAACUUAGCUCUCUUGUUUUCAGGCGGCAAUGGUGAAGAACUAAAGUUACGAGUUAUAGGGCGUAUAUGGAAACAGAAACAAGUUAUAAGAAACUAG